UGUUGUGGUGAAAGUGCUGAUUUAGUCGCGGAGAACAUUAGUGUGGCGCACACCCAGCCUGCGUCUUUUACGCACAGGACAUCUGACUCCUGCACGACGUAAGCCGGCAUGUUGUGCAGGAAGAGCAGCUCUGUGCUUCUACUCAACACUGCCAUGUGCUCCUAGGCGUGCUGGCCGGCUGUUUUCUCUUCAACUUUGUCCUCAUUUUCUCAGACCUAAAACUAUUAAGAAGUGAUGGCUUUGAUGUUGCUGUGCACGCUUUGCACUUGUUUGUUUAGUGCGACGACGGCCACGGGCUUUGUUUACCGCCUGCCGGGCAUCAGCGUGCAGAGGCAGCGCGUCAUCACCCAGCAGAGUGGCAGCAGCGCGGGAACACCCGCCACCGGAUCACGUGCCCAACUCAGAAACUGGUGUCAGUAUGCUGUCUCAAAGACGGUGUCCUGUCAGGUGCAAAAUGGCACCGAAUCCUCCGUGCAGAGAGUGUUCCAGUCCUGCCGCUGGCCUGGACCUUGUUCUAAAGUCCUCAGCUACAGGACCGUCAUCAGACCGUCGUUUAAGGUGGCCUACAAGCAGGUGACUGCACUGGAGUGGAAGUGCUGCCCCGGGUUUGUUGGCGAGGAGUGUCGUCAGGAGUGCAUGAACUGCACCAUGCUCACAGACAUGAGCCACAGGAUGGACGCCAUGGAGUCCAAGGUGAAGCAGCUGGAAGAAAGACCUUCCCCAUCACAAACAGCCAACAAUCCACCACAGGGGGCGGCUGAUAACGAGGUGGACGCUCCCAAACCCACACCUAUCGGACCACCAUUGUACCUGCCGCCAGCAGGAGGAAGAGGCCCCCAAGGCCCUAGUGGACCACCAGGGCCCCCUGGCACGACCGGGCCUGCAGGUCUACCUGGUAUACCAGGCUUUCCCGGACCCAUCGGGCCAAAAGGGGACAGAGGUCUGCCUGGUGAAAUGGGUCUGCGUGGCCCACCUGGUCCUCCAGGGCCCCCCGCUGUUCCUUCCAGGUCAUCUACCGUGCAAGUGAGGGGUGAUGUCUUCCAGGUGGAUCAUCCAGAGGAAGACCGCAUCCAUCCAGUUGGCCCUCCUGGUCCAGCGGGUCCCAGGGGCCCCCCAGGACCUCCUGGACCAACAGGACCUCCAGGGAUUCCAGGCAUGCCGGGUCAAGACGGCAAGGAAGGCGACCCGGGAACACCUGGGAUUGUUGGACCUAAAGGAGACCCGGGGGAAAGGGGGCCUCCGGGUGCAAGAGGCCAACAAGGCCUGGCUGGGCCGGCAGGGCCUAAAGGAGAGCCAGGUGAAGGUCUAGAUGAGGCGGAGGCGGUGCCACAGCUCAGAGAGGCCCUGAAGAUCCUGGCAGAGAGACUUCUGAUCCUGGAGCACAUGAUAGGCAUCCACGAAACCCCAGAGGGAUCAGGUUUCGGUGCAGUCUUGGACCCGCUCUCCUUCCCCGGCAGAAAGACCAAGCGCCUCCAGCCCGUCCAAGCUGUCCCGGACGCCACAUUCCAGGAGAGACUUUAAGGCAAUGUUCUAGUGACCAUGCUUUCAUUUUCUCACACUUUUAUGGCCCUCUUUUGAAUCCUGGUGAAGAUCUUAGUGAGUUGGACAUGAUGCUGCCUUGGGAUGGAGCCUACACAAGGGUGUCAGGCAGUGAAAUAUAAGCCCAUCAACUCUU